UUUGGCCUUUUGUGCUUUUGUCCAACCCCGGUAAGAAAAAAAGAGCAACAAAAAAGAGAGAGGGAAUCAGAGUGAGACACACACACAGAGAAAAAAGAAAAUAGUAGCUGCUGUUGCUAUUGCCGUCCCUUCUUAUAAGACUUGGAAGAAACCGCUCCUAAACCCCACCUUUGUUUAUCCUCUCUUGCUCUCUCUCAUUCUCGCACUUGAACAAAAAAAAUCACUUUCAAGUUCAGUUCAGUUCUUUUGAGUGUUCCUUCUAACUCUGAGAGCAUGGAUGCUCAGAGAGGUCCUCUUUUUAGCUGGGCUUAUUUCUGUCAAGAAAAGACAAUGGAAGAGCUUAGGCAUUCUCUUUUAUAUACUACUCUGGAGCUGGAACAGACAAGGUUGGCAGUUCACGAGGAGCUGAGAAAGAGAGAAGAUCAAUUGAUUCAACUCAAAGAGUUGCUGAGCAAGGCAAUGAGAGAGAGAGAUGAAGCGCAGGAGAAAUGUCAAAGACUUUUCCUUGAGAAACUCCAGCUUCACCAACAGCAACAGCAACAACAGCAAGUUGCUCCUCGCUCUGGAGUUUCUAGCAUUGAAGAUGAACCCAGAAGAGGAAUUGACUCCAACAAUGGCUUCUCAUCAUCUGAUUGUGAGGAAAGCAUUGUUUCAUCUCCUGUUCUUGACCCCAUUCAACAACCCCAACUGCCACCAGCACCACCACAACCAUCUCAAUCCAUGCCGCAAGCAACCAUAGAACUAGUGCCUGAAAAGCCAUUACCUGAGAAGGGAAAGCUUUUACAGGCAGUGAUGAAAGCUGGUCCACUCUUGCAAACCCUUUUUUUGGCAGGACCACUGCCCCAAUGGAGACACCCACCACCACCACUUGAGUCCUUUCAGAUACCACCCGUGACCAUUCCUUCACCACCACCACCACCACCGCCGCCACCACAACUCGUCCACCUAGACUCCUUGAUCAGCAUUAACGGUUGCAAUACUCUAGACACCUGUGGUAAAGUCAACAGGAAAAGGGGUCUUUAUGAUGGCUUUGAUUAUCCUGCAGAGACCAAGUUCCAAAGAUUAGUUCUCCAUUGACUGCUGCUGCUGCUGCCGCCGCUGCUACUACAACAAGAGUAGUCUAAAUAGUAUUAAUUUCAUAAAAUUUUCCAUUUUUAAACUUAUUAUAGGUUAGUGAGGGUGAAAUUGCAAGGUGGGAAUCAGCCUGUCAGGGUAUGGUGACUGAUCUAGCAUUUUUGUACAGAGGUUUGCUUUAGAGGAGAGAGUCGGAGAGCGCUUUUGGUUCUUUGCUUUUUGCCAAUGUUUUUCGGUGAAGAUUUUUUGUCCUUAUUUCCCAUUGUUUUCUUCAUUUCUUCACAUUUGGUUUUUGCUCCAUGAUGUGAAAGGGAGCUUUGAUUUCUCCAAAAUUGCUGUGGCAUGUAAAAAAACUUAGUAGUAUUACUUCAGCUUUCUGUAGUCUUUUACUAAAGGUGUGUGCUUUGUCAAGUGUGGGAGAAGUGUGGACUGUUUGAGAAUUGAGAAAUUACAGUAAAAUUAAAAAGUUUUUAAGCAGGAAUGGGUGUGGAGUUGUUGAAAAUAAUGGGGAAAAUGGGUAUGGCCAACAACCAAGAAGGUCUAAGAGGCUUGCUUUUGUCGGAUUAGUGGAUCCCAUAAAUCAGAAUCAGGAUCUGGUACCAGUUUGAUGUAUGAUUAUAUUACUUUUUUUUCUGUUUUUGGUUGAGGGAAGUAUGAUUAUUUACAUGUUAAGUCUUAAUCUUCUGUUUCUCCAAAUCAAAAUUUCCCUCUUCUCUAUUUAAUUUAAUGUUAAUAUUAAUGUCCUAAUAUUCCUCAAAGCUUCUUUUAAUCUAUCUGCUCCCACUUAUUUAUUAUCAUUUCAUCAUAAAAACUUUUAUAUCCCUAAACUAAAGCAAAAGAUA